AAAGCACCACAACCCGAGGUGAUAGCUCAAUAAUUCCCACACAAAACUCCGAAACAACCCCAUCCCCCAUAGAUCAUAUUCAAUCAAAUUAUACGCGGCAGCUCGCAGCCCGCUGUUUGCUUUAUCUCCACUACUAUAUAUAUCUCAUCCCACAUUCACCAAAUCAUAUCUUUUCAUUCAUUCUCCUUCUUAUACACCCUACCCUACACACAAGUUAAUCAUUUCUUUUGUGGUUUUAUGAUGGCUGUUCCUGUGAAUAUUGCAAUCCUCAUAACCAGCUUGCUCUGCAUUCUAUCAACGGCGUCGUGUGGCCGGCUGAUAGUUGGAGCGAAGACGGAGAUUACUGACGUGAGGACAAACAUGGAGGUGCAGGAGCUUGGGAAGUUCGCGGUAGAGGAGUACAACUACAAAAAAAGCAACGGCGGAGGCGAGGCGUUGAAGUUUGUGGAGGUGGUGGAGGCAAAGAAGCAAGUGGUGUCAGGGAUGAAGUAUUAUCUCAAUAUUUCAGCCGUUGAUCAUAAUGGUGUUCGCAGAAUGUUCACCUCCGUCGUGGUGGUCAAGCCGUGGAUUCAGUACAAAAAGGUUCUCCAUUUUGGGGAUUCAUCUAGCUUCCACCAACUACAACAUACUAGUAUGUAAAAAGAGAGAGCUAUAUAUAUACGACAGGGAAUCGUUUAUUUUGGACCUAAAUAAUACUAAUAGUUAAGCAGUAUAUGGUUUCCUGACUAUAGACGCGAUAUUUGUAAUUGCAACUGAGCUGUUCAUUUCUUUCAAUUAAUAAAAAAUUUCCUCUACUAUGUA